AUGGCGGUUGUGAUUGAGGGUACUUGGAUGACAUGGGGUGUUGAGGGGCUUGUCGAUCCCUCCGACGGGAAUUUUGUCAAGGAGGGGCCGUGGGGUGCGAACGCAGGGAAUGCGUUCGAUACAGGUCGUGUUGACCGCUUUACCAAGGUCAAGAUUUACCAUGGAGAUGUAAUAUACGGGUUGGAAUUAACCUUCGUCGUGGGUGGUAAACCCCAACCCCCCAUGCUUAUUGGAACCAAAAAGCGCGCAUCCCAAGAGAUUACCCUCGAUGAGGACGAACACUUCAUUUCCAUCUCGGGAUACUUCAAACAAAUGUUGGGAAACGACAUUUUCAUAACACAACUUACUCUUACCACCGAUGAAAACAGAAACGUAAGUGCUGGCAAUGAGACGGGCAAUCCUUUCUCCCUCGCUUUAGAGGAGGGUGGUCAAAUUGUGGGCUUCUGUGGACUUGUUGGUCAACUGACUGUCGCCGUGGGAGCCAUUGCGGUGUACUGCUCCUUGGCUGAUUCCUAGAUAUGGAUGCACUAGUCCGUGUAGGGUUGCUGCUACACAUAUGUUAUACUAAAUAAGGAGCAGCAGUUGUCGUCAUCAUCGUUGUCUUUAUUGUUGUUGUCCCCAUCGUCAUCCUUGUUGUUGUUGCCGUCGUCAUUAUCGUCGUUGAUGUUCUUAUCCUCAAAGUAUUCUUAAAUAAAUUAUAAACCACUUGUUGGUCUACUAUGA